GCCCUCGGCACGGCCCAGUUCGGCUCCGACGCCCAAGGCACCGGCGCGCUCGCCGUGGGGUCCUCGGGCGCCGCCCCGCGCAGGAGCGAGGACCACCCGGCCGCCAGCCGGCCCGUGCCGAGCACCGCGCCGGGCGCGCUCCCGGUGCCUCCCCCAGCUGGCGGGGGGAGCUGGGUGCCCGCCGCCGGCUUCCUCGGCUCCACGCACGGCUUCGCCGAGGAGCCGCAGCAGCCGUUCCAGUCCGCCAAGCUCAUCGUCAACGAGCGGCGCAAG